CUUUAUGGUGUUUUCCUUUCAUAGGAAAUUUGUGGUGUAUCGUAUCGCUCGUUGCGUCCCGUAAAAAGUUAAAUUAAUUCUGAAAUAAAUCACUUAUAUCGUUCGAUAAAUAAAUAAAUUCAACAAAAUAGUCAUACGCAAUUGGAUCGCUAACCGAAAAUGUGAACGAAAACCGUACAACGCCCAUAAAAACACUCAACAAAGCGAAAAACUUUUGCUACGAAUUGGAAUCGAUGAUGGCCGCUAUAUUCAGUUUCAUGUUAAAGCAUUAUAUAGCGUCUAGAAAAUUGGUUGCCACUGAGUGAAGUGAAGGCAAAGUGUAGAAAGAAAAAAAACACCCAUAACGUUGAUCGUAUUGCAUCCAUUUUUUCAAUAUUUUAUGUGAAUUGUAUAUACGUGUCGUUUGCGUUUCGUUUUUCUAUUUAAAAUGACUGUGUCGUCUCGCUGUGAUCGAGACCAACGUAUUUAAUGCUGAAGAUAUUAUGGUAUCACCCUCAAAAAAACAUUCGAGAGUCGCCAGUCAACAACAAUCACAUAAAUGUAAACUAAUCAAAGGACAGAAACCAUUGAUCAACUACCGGUUCUAUUUGGACAUUGAAAAACAUCACAUUUCGAGUAAAAUUGAGACAAAGAUAAAGGAACUUGGCGGCUCCAUCGAAUUUUUCUUGGCCAAGGAAGUAACUCACUUCGUCACUGACAAAACAUUUAACCGUGACGGAGGUUCGUCGAACUCGUCGCAAGUGCAUACACCAAAAACACCAUUGACUCCAUUCACACCGUAUUUGAGCGAAUCAGCUAAUGUAGGCUCUCCAAAUGUAUCCAGCUCCAAUGAAUCCAGAGCUAAUAGCUCUAAACCACGCAGUCGUGCGGAUGCCAUGCUACAGAAAGUUCGUGACCAAAGCUGCGAAAAUUCAUUUAAGUCAACAAACAUAUCCAGCAGUCCUGUUCAACUUGCCAAAAAUUGGGGUACACCCAUCUGGUCAACGGAACAUACAUUAAGAUUUUUGGAGAAAAUAUCUGCCACCCUCCGGUCCGAUUCAUCGCACAACACAUCGAAGGGUCGACCAGCCAAUGUGAAACAUUUGCACGGUGACUACAUUAAAAUCGAAUCAGCCCAACGCAAUUGUCGACCGUACUUUCAAGAAAUCAAAGUUUGGCCAACCAUCAAUUUGAAUUCGAAAAUUGGAUUUUCACCAUUUGCUGCCGCCGAACCACCGACAAACGCUAAGACGUUGAUUAAUCGGCCACCGAACAGUAAAUCGUCCAGUAAAUCGAAUAAAAUGACUCGGAAGAGCCGGAGCAAGCAAAUGCGCACGAAAAAUGACUAUAAACGAACGUCGGAAAAACAGUGUGGUUAUUGUGAAGUGUGUCGUCUCGAAUACGACGUUCUAUCCGUACAUUUACAAUCCAAAGAACAUACAAAUUUUGUGAAUAACAGUGACAACUUCUUAUCCCUAGACAAUUUGAUAAAUAACAGUGCCAAUGUGGACACCUUUUUAAAAAUGAACAGUGCACCGCCAAAAAACGAUUACGACAGCGGCCUGUACACGAAACGAACUUGUCGCAAAUUCAAAGAAAUGAUGGAUUUGGAUAUUCCUAAUGCCGCCAACGUAAAUGUGAUCAAAUCAGACUGUGUACGAUUGAAUGGUAGUGCAAAAAUGGUGACACGACGAUCGAACAAUCGCAGGUCACAAUCGGAUGCGAAGUCGCUGCCGUGUGUGAAAAGUAGUCCGUCGAAAGUGGAAAAUGAUUUCAAAGAAACCGAAACGGCGGCUCAAUUGCGAUCGCGUCGAGAAUCGGCUCGUCGUAUCAAUUAUGCCGAGACGCGCGAAGACGAAGAGAAUCCGGAGCAUCCGGAGAAUCCGGUGCAUCCGAAGAAUCCGGUGGAUUUGACAGAGAAAAUAAGGAUUCGCGGUAUUCGCUGGCGACCACCAUCAUCAGCCGAUGACGCUUUAUCGUCGGCAUCGCAACCAGCUGUGUAUAAGAUUGGUAAAGGCAGCAAAUCAAAAGACUCUUUCUCCGAUCAGAACAAAGAUCCGCAGAGUGGUCUUAAAGUCAAAAUUUGUCGCGUUCGAGAGAGUGAACUAUCGCUGCUCACAAACGAAGCCGACAAAUUUAUGUUCCCGCCAUGUCUAAGCGAUCGACCGACUGAUGAAGAUCGUCAAAGUUCCACGGACCGAAACGAUCCGUCAACGGAGUUGUCUUCCAGCGACGUUGACAAUUCGAAGCGGAAAAAAUCGUACGACAAACUAGACACAAACGUUAAGCGUAAACGUCGAAAUCAACUGCAGUCAUUUCUAGAGGACAAUUCCGAUUACUAUAAAUUCGAGAAACCGGACUCUAGGCUGCGCUUUCCAGACGCCCCCGUUCAGUCGGCUCCGACAACGAGAACCAGAACCAUGACCACUAGUGACAGGAAUUCUGAUGCCGAACAUGUUGGAGAUGCGGAGGAUAGAACGGGGGUGAAACGGAACAAUCAAAAUGAAAUUUUGGCAAACGAAACCAUUGCUCGCCUAAAGUAUUCUUUCGAACGUGUGCCAUCUAGUGAGCCUUGGUACGAUGCAUUUCAGCGACAAGAUGAGUGCAGGGAACGAGUGUUCGAAUAUUGGGGCAACACAGCCUACCGAAAACUUCCAUACGAACUCGGUCCCAUGCCACCGCUAGCACCAAAUUGUUGUUCGUUGAGCAAACUGGCCCAUAAAAAAACCAACAUCAACAAAGUGGAUCGAAGGUUCAAAAGCUACCGCGAUCAGAAAAAAAUUAAAACAAAACCACCGGAAAAUCAAUCAACCAUUUCCACACAACCCAAUCCAUUGCAUAAAUCAACAACCGCCGAGAAAGUCUCGCACCCAGAUCAAAUACCGUUGAAAGUAUCGCGAGAAAUCGCCAAUCUUCAGAGAAAUGGUUCGAGGGCUUCCAAGUCGAGGUCACCGGUAAUAUUUGGCAUGAGUGUGACACGUUCCGAAUCCAAACCCACCAUACCCGCAAAAGCAGCCACCAUCAACGAUGUGAACAAACUGCCGCAUCGAAGAAAUCUCAUUAACGAUUUUGCGCCGACCACAACAGCGGUGGACACAAAAGAAAUUAAAGUGAAAAGUGCAAUACCAAACAGUCGUCGAAAUUCACUGCUGGAUAUCAAUGGACAACCGCGAAAAUCUCCCCGCGAACAUGCGUCAACGUUAGCUAUUUUAAGUUGCCUGGUGCAGGAGCGCAAAAAACGUGAGAAAGAACUGAACGGCGGCAUAUCACCCGAUAAAAUACGAUUGAACGACGAUGAUCGAGAACAAACAUCGGACGGCAGUUAUGGCGAUGAAUCGAAUGACACCGGAGUAUUGACAGCGCUUAUUAAACAAGAGGUCGAGUCAUGUGACGAGGAUCUUGAUAGCAAUGACUUCCAGCCAACUACUUCGACAGCUGUGACAGACAUCAAAUUAGAGCAAAACAGUGAAACCGCCAUCGAUGAGCCUAACAACAAGCAAGUCGAAUCAAAUGAGUCAACCAAAGACGAUGAGAAAAAUGAUUUCAAACAUCCGAAGAUGCCGCGUUUCGAUUACGUAAAUCCAGUCAAAUUGUACAGGCAAAUCGAUGACUUGCUGCACACAUCCUACGAAGACGAUGACGGCGAAUCCUAUCCAGAUGUUCCAGUAUCGAGUGACGAAAUCGACGAUUUGAUUUUGAUCGGAACGCCAAAAGAUUUCGUGGACAUUUUGCUUGAAACGGCACCGGGCCCAUUGCGUUACCGUAGUUUGGUCAAUGCGAAAAAGCCAAGCGCUCUGAAUUCGUUCAGUCGCAGUAAAAAGCGUCGCAACAACAAAACCGGUUGGCCAACACUGCCGAAGCGUCGAAUUUUAACGAAAAAGGAAGUGGAAGACGAUUCGAAUUCGUGCAGUAAUCUGUCGGCCACCGAACCCGACGACGAAUGUGACGAUAAUCAGACGACCAAUGACGAUCGCGUCGACAUUAGCGAUCAACUCGAAAAUGGUAACGAUGAAUAUUUCAUUCAUUCGAGGCAAAAGCUGAAUAGCAUGGGCGAAGACUUUAGCAAAGACGAUGAAUUCAGCAAUGACGUUUCGUCGGACAGUUUAGACACAGACGUAACCGAAUCGAACAACAAACAACAAUUGGACAAAGACUACGAUGUGAUAAGUAUGAAAAGUAUAAUAAAUGUGAGUGACGAAGACACUUCAUCGGCCGAUGUAACGUUGGCGGAAAUGUUGAAAAAGCAAAUUGGCGUCGGCCACAAAAUGGUACGGUCGAAUCGACCGAAAAAGUCGUCCAGCAAAUGCGCUAAUGUGAAACUGUUGCAACCGAUAAUAUAUGUGAAAAAAAUCAAUGAAUCAGAAACGAUCAAUAAAUUUAUGGCGAACAAGAAAAAUUCACCCAUCAAAGAUGAAACGAUUGUUCGGAAUAAUUCGUCACCAAAUACAAAAUGUUCACCAAGAAAAUUACGAAAGCCGAGAGGUAGGUGGUACCGUGAAAGAUAAUUCUAUUCAAAUUUAUUAGAUUAAAAGGAGAAAAAACAGUUAAAACAAAAAAAACAACAAGAAAAUGUUCAAGAUGUAUUCCUCUAACCCUACUUCAUCAACCCCACCCGUCACGCCUAGUUUGCCCAUUUGAUGAUGGAACUUAUUUAAAUUUAAAAAAAAAGAAAAUUUUCCUGAAAAAGAGUUUUUCUUUUCCCAUUUUUUUAUAUUUAAUUUAUGAUGUAAUUUAUACCGCGCGCGAUUUAAACUUCUUUUCUAUUGGAAAGGGCGAGACUUUUUUAUUAUCAUUUUUUUUAAAUUGACGACAGCUUAUAAAUAUAAUAAA